AAAGAGAUAUCUCGUGAUCUCUUACAUGGACAAGCAAUCUGUGAUCUAGUAUUAAACGAGGCCAUAGCUAAAGAUUUUAUAUCAUCCGAACGAGAGACAAAGAGAGCUAAAAAAGAGAGGGUGUUCUUGUUUUAGAAUACGUUUGAUUAUUGUUGUUCAAAAGCAGAAACUUGGAUUAAAAUCCUUCACAUUCCUCGUCCACUUCAAAAAGUCUUUUCUACUCUCUCUUCAAUCAACCGUAGAGAAUGGGUAUCGAAGAAGGCAAUCACAAGGAGCCAACUACAGGCGAGAGAAAGCCCCUCACAAGGUGCAAAAGGUUCUCUAUCCACUUCGCUACUGUUUGUUUCAUAGCUGGUGCUAUUGUUGGGUUCAUUUGGUUCACCGAAUGGUGCUUUAGAGAAGAACCAGUUCAGAUUCCGAAGAUAGAACUAGCUUCUUUGUAUUUCACGGUGCUUAAUAUCACAGAGACUCGUUUAAGUGCAAAGUGGGAUAUGUCGAUACGGAUUCCCUACGAUCUUCCUGGUGACUAUAUAUGUCUUCAAGGAGACCUUCAAGCUUCCUUCCUUUACAAGAAUGUUACUCUUGCUACCUCUUCCCCACAAAAAUACAACAAUCUCAAGUUCCGUGAUCCUCAGGUUCUUAAGGUUUCAGCAGGUGUCUCGGCAGAAGAUACUGAUGGUUUGACAGUUAAAGAUAUAACUGAAGAUGUGAAAGAGAAGAAGGAAGUGCAUUUUGGAACGCGUUUUUAUCUCACUGAUUGCAGGGAAAAGACAACUGGUACUAUGAGAUAUGCAUGUGAUGAUGUAACCUUGCGAUUCGAACCAGGUUCCGAGAUGAAGGCGGGUUUGCCUGGGAAGAACCCUAGCUGCGUCAAUUAUUGACCAAACUCCACGUCAUCACCAGUUCAUUGCUUUUUUUCUUUCUUGUGUAUUGCAUCAGAUGAUUGUUACGUUGGAAAAUAGUAGGGUUUUACUAA